AUGAAAGUAAGAGAAAAAAGAAAGAAACGAAUAGAAGUUGUUUAUUAUUUAGUUGCAUCUGCGAUAGUUAUGGAAAUAAUCCGACACAUUGUUCCAUUUCCUCCAACAAAAAUUUCGAAAUACGAUCCACAAAUUUUAAUAUCUAUCAAUUGCAACAACCCAAACUGUGAACGAGCAUAUUACUCAUACAAUAAAUGGGGUAGAAACUUCAUGAAACUAUAUCCGAAAUCAAAAGUAAUGCUAACUUCAAUAAAUAACACUAUCGAUCCAAGAAUGGUUAUAUUAUCGCAAGAACACAAUGAAACAAUCAAGCACCGACAGAUGUAUCACAACAAUUUUGCACUUUACAAAUAUUUUCUAAAAACUAGAUAUAAUUAUGUGUACAGAUGUACAGAAGACGUUUAUGUAGAUGCAGAAAACUUAGCAUACGAGAUUUUUAAGUUAGAUUUGAAACACCAAAAUUUUAUGAUAACUAGUCAAUACUGUACGCCUGAAUUGAUCAAUACAUCUGUUGGAUUCAUCCAUGGAGGUUCCGGAUGGAUACUGAAUAGAUUUACAGCUCGUUUUUGGGUUGAGAAAAAAAGAUAUUUUGACGAUUUCUUUAGUUUUCAUGAUAAAGUUGGAGAUGACGUUACCACAGAAGAGUUUAUAUCAUUGAUGAAGCUCAAUUUUGAAGAUGUCCAUUUGAAAUCUUUUAUUGGUUGGCCACUUUUCUACGAAGAUAUAGAUCAACUGAAAAAUAAGAAUUGGUCUGCCUUUGGCAAGUGUCCUCCUCCACUAAACAAAUUCAAAACACCUGUAAGAGUUAAGCAGAUUGCUGCUUGGCACUCAGGAUUAGAUGAAACAUAUGUAUUUCAUCAUGGUGAUGAGAUAAUUAGAAAUGCUCCAGAUAAUUUAAUGAUACAGGCAUAUGAUAGCCAUUCUAUCCUUUGUUAUUUAUAA